AUGUAUCGACUUUUUAUCGUGCUUGCACUGUGCCCGAUUGCCCUCUUUGUCUCCAGGUGGUCCCGUGGCGGCGAAACUCGUGCAGUGUACAGGGAUACGGAUACGGGAUAUGAUACCAAGUUCGACAGUUAUGUGCCACCAAGCGAUGGACCGUGGACCGCAGUGGCAGUAAAGAAUCGGCCCGCCACCGGAAUCAUGCCAAUGUGCGGGCUGACAGAGAAGGGCAAACUCGAGUAUAUUCGCGUGUUCGCAGACGACUGCUACGCUGGUACUAGUGUGACGUUUGCGAAGCUGGACGAAGAACUCGACAAGCUGGAGCCGGGCAUGAGCGCCAUUGUCCGGCUAUACUUUUUAAACGGACCAGGUGAGAACCGAUCGUCCGCGUGGGCUACGACACCGGGUGAGAGUGGUAUAAACGACUGGAGCAACCCAAAUAUGAUGCAGAUGGUGUCGGAAUUGUUCGAGAAGCUGACAUUGCAUCUACGCAACGAAAACCGGUGCUGUCUGCUGCAGCUGGGGUUUGGAUUUUGGAGCGAGUUCCACAUUAAGGGAGUCAGCAUGCAAUCCGGCAUCAAUUUUCCGAGCGCUGCACAGGUGGACACGCUGUUUGAUAUUGUCAAGGCCAACCGCGGACCGCUACAUGUGGCUGUAAGUGUCGGCGUGGGGGACAACGAGCGAGUUCUGAGCGACAACUUCCGGACGGAUUCGACAAUUGGACUUUUCUACGACUCGUUCAUGAAAACAAAAGGUGACGAGUCGGCUUACGAAACGAGCAUACACGAGGCGUCAAAAUACGACCGGCGCGUAGGCGGCGAGUUCUCGAACGGCGAAAGUAUACUCGAUUCGAUUAUGGACACGACGAAAGCGCUCAUGAAGAAACGUGCUAUGCACUACAUCUUCCCGAACGGGACAUCAGACAUCAUGUCUAGCAGUGACAGCCAAAUCCAGGAACUUUCAGAGUACAUGGGAUACCGCCUCAAGGUCACGGCGGUUGAUAAAAGUCCGAACGGGGUUUCGCGGCUGCGGGUGAGCAAUGUGGGUAUCGCGCCCACGUUGUACGAUUUGAAUGUUGUACACGAGGGCGUCACAUUUAUGUCGAGCCUCGCGGAAUUAAUGCUCGGUGCGGACGCCGCAACGUUUGAAGCUGAGGGGGAGCGAUACUUGCAAAAAGUACCGUUGAUGUGA